GUGAUGGCGGUGGUGCACGCGUGGAGAACUUCACGCCGGGCACCAACAGCUCCACCAUCUUCCGCAGCUGCCGGGCGGGACAAGACGGAGGUGGCCUCGACGCCUCGACCUACCAACAGGAAGCCGGGAGCUCGGUGCUCUUCGAGAACUGCUCGGCAGAUACCCGGCAGAGCGCCUUGGCA